CAAAUAUCUCAACAAAUAACUCAUUAUUGUCUCUACCAGAGAUUUAUUUGCAAGAUAAAUCAUCUGCUAACAUUUUGAAAAAUCCUGAAGUUCGAACAAAUAUCAAUGAUAAAUUAUAUAAAUUUACUGCUUUAAAUGAACAAUUAUUAUAUAAAUCUACUACUUUAAACGAGAAAAAAGAUAACGAUAUUCAAAAGUAUUUAUAUAACUUAUUAUCACGAAGACGAAUGCUAAGACACACAAAUCUUUCAGCUGAAGUUUCCAUUGGUGAUAUUAGACAA